AUGACGUCAAAGAAUGGUGUUGCCGGUGUGACGGUGAUUGGACAUGAUAGUGAAUCAAGAACACUUGUGAAUAGAUAUGAAAGUGCAGGUUCUUACAAACGAAAGAUUAACUAUGAUAUUUCCAUAGAACAGAUCCUUGCCAUUAUGAAGCAGUCCAAGAAUUGCGAGCAGCUUAUAAAAUAUGAAUGUUAUGGUAGCAUCUUGCUAGGACAUCCUCAUGGUUGGUGGGUAUCACGUCAAGGUUCACCGAUGAAUUACUGGGGCGGGGCGGCAGUCAACAGCCGAAAAUGUGCAUGUGGAAUGACCAACAGCUGUGCAGGUGGAGGAAAAUGUAAUUGUGACAAGAAUGAUUACACAUGGCGUGAAGACAGUGGAUAUCUGACUGACAAGAACACACUGCCUGUUACUGAGCUGAGAUUUGGAGAUACCGGUGGCUCUAGUGAGAAAGGAUACCACACACUGGGAAAAUUGCGAUGUUGGGGUUAGGAGCGAACGUUUUUGAGGGAUAAUGCAUAAACCGAAACGUUAUCACUUAGCAAAACAUAGGAUAAGUAAUAUAGAACGCGUCUUUGGUAAAAGUGUCAAUAAAAAAUAGUUUAACACAAAAGCAGAACUUAUAGGACAUAAUUAUCACUAACAAUAUGCAGUUUCUUACAGCUUUAUAUAAAUUAAAAAUAGGAAAUCUGUUUUAUAAUUAAGUAGAAUGAUAGAAAAUGUUGCACUAGAAUCUAAAUUGAAAAGAAUAAAAGU